UGCAAGGCGGUGGGUAGCGGCAGACGCCAGGCAGGGCUAACGCCACUUUUGGACCCAUCGGCCGGCGGCCUUCCGCCUUCCUAAAACAAGUCCUCGGUUUUGCGACCAGGAAUCCUUGGGCCUUCUCUCUCUCCUAUCACUCUCUACUUAUCUUCUUGUGAGCUCAGAUUUAUUUCUCUCCUACUUUUUUCUCUUCUCCCGCACUCUUGAUGUCCCUCAUCUAUCUCGUUCCUGACACCCUCUCAUCGCAAUAUCUCCUUGUGCGAACCUAGAGAUCCGGUUCUGCCCGCUGAUCAGGGGCCGCUGUCGUCAUCUUUUCUUAUCCCACGCGCGCCACGGAGCGCAAGGCCAGACACCAUGGGUCUUUCCAAGACCAACAGGAUUUUGAUCCUGUUAGCCAUUGAUUCGGCCUUCUUUCUGUUGGAGUUGAUUGCUGGUUACAGCGUCCACUCGCUUGCCCUUGUUGCAGACUCCUUUCAUAUGCUGAAUGAUGUUCUCUCUUUACUGGUCGGACUAUGGGCGGUCAAGGUUGCCAACCGCGAGACCAACUCAAAGAUGUACACCUAUGGAUGGCAACGCGCGGAGACAUUGGGCGCUUUAGUGAAUGGGGUUUUUCUAGUCGCCUUGUGUUUAUCGAUCUUCUUGGAGGCUAUACAGAGACUGGUGGAGCCUCAGGAGGUCAAGAAUCCUAAGUUUGUCUGCAUUGUCGGCUGCUUGGGCCUGCUAUCAAACAUCAUCGGUCUGGUCUUGUUCCAUGAUCAUUCCCAUGGACACGGGCACGGCCAUAGCCAUGGACACGCAGAUAUUGAAGAGGGUGCUUCAUCGGAGGAAGAUCACGCCCAUGAGCACAGUCAUGACCCCUCUCCGGUGUUGGAGCAUGGAAAUACAGCUAGCCGUACUGUUGGUGCAGAUACUUCGUCGCAUUCGCACCGUCGUCGGACCUUGGACAGCCAGCACCGCAGCUCUCGCCGCUACAGCGGCGCAACGGGCCGUGGGUUUGUUGAUGUCGAAGAGAUCCAGGUUCAUCCCGCCACUCUAAGGCAAGAAAUCAUCGCGGCUAGUCGCUCGCGCUAUGAUGACCAAUCCGGAUCCGACACUGACGUGCUCGAGGGCGGAGAUCCUGAGGACGUUGGCCCAUCGGAGCGCUCUGCGUUACUCGGCCACAAGGACCGUGCUGGCAAUUAUACAGAUGCUAGCAACUCGACUGUCACACCUCGACGCGCUCCUGUUGAUGACGACAUUCACAAGUACCACAACCAUGCCCAACCCAAGCAGAAGGACGAGAAGCACGGCCACGGCCAUGGUCAUGAUCUCAACAUGCGGGGCGUUUUCCUUCAUGUGAUGGGCGACGCGCUCGGCAACAUUGGUGUCAUUGCUUCCGCUCUGAUUAUCUGGCUCACUGAUUACUCAUGGCGCUUCUAUGUGGAUCCGGGCAUUUCCUUGGUGAUCACCGUGAUCAUUCUCUGUUCUGCCAUCCCUCUUUGCAAGGCGGCAUCGCGGAUUCUGCUUCAGGCAGUGCCGCAUGGUCUGAGCAUUGACCAUAUCAAGGAAGAUAUUGAGAGAUUGCACGGAGUGAUUGGCUCCCACCAUUUGCAUGUCUGGCAAUUAAGCGAUACCAAGCUUGUCGCCUCGAUCCACAUUCAGGUCGAUACAGAGAUCAAGGGUGAGGGCUCAGAGCGGUACAUGCGCCUAGCCAGGCAGGUACGCAAGUGCUUGCAUGCCUACGGAAUUCACUCGUCGACCAUCCAACCGGAGUUCGCCCCGGACAGCGAUGCCGAAGACACCGUUCAAUUUCCCACUCACCACGAUGGCGAAGCCUCUGUUUCAGCGACGCUUCCCAGCCGUACACCCAGUGUCCCUGAAGGAGACCCUCAGGCCUGUCUUCUUGAAUGUGGCGAGGAAUGCGCUCAGAACGGCCAGUGUUGUCCGAAGAGAUCGCCCUAAUCACUUUAGCCUUGCUCACUUAACCCCCUACCCCUGCAUUUCCCCAUUCAUUGCUCGACCUAAAAUACUGUUUUCUAUUCUUACGGAUCAUACCCGAUUGUUUCUGGUGACUGUACCGUCAUCUGUUGAGUUGACCCUGGUUGAUAAUCUUCAUCUGGACAUGGCGCAUGUUGGGCGCACUCCUCGAACUAAAUACAUCCCCCCGUGUGCAUUUCACGCUGGUUCCCAUGUAUCGCUACCAUUAAUUUACCGAAUUAUACUAUCGGCCAGUAUUACAG